CAACUAAACCCUUGACCCAAAGCGCGGCGAGGCCGAUUAGCAAAGCAGCAUAAGUGGAGGAAGACGAUGGCAUCUUCGAAAGGUCCAGCUUCGCCGGCGGUGAGAGUGGCGGAGAUGGAGAAGAUGAGCGUCGAACAACUCAAGGCGGUGAAGGAGCAAACGGAUCUCGAAGUCAAUCUGUUGCAGGACAGCCUCAACAACAUUCGCACCGCCACUACUCGACUCGAUCUCGCUUCCGCCGCACUCCACGAUCUCUCCCUCCGCCCCCAAGGGAAGAAAAUGCUGGUCCCUCUCACAGCAUCGCUCUAUGUGCCUGGAACCCUCGAUGAUUCCGAGAAGGUCCUUGUCGAUAUCGGCACUGGCUACUUCGUCGAGAAAACAAUGGUCGAGGGGAAAGAUUAUUGCGAAAGGAAGAUCCACUUGCUGAAAUCGAAUUAUGAUCAGCUUCUCGAGCUUGCAUCGAAGAAAAAGACAGUUGCAGAUGAAGCUGGGGCUGUGUUACAGGCAAAAUUGAAACAGUUAGCACCCCAAACAUAGAGGUUCCAGAUCACUAUGAUAGUUUUCUUAUGGAUAGUUGAACCUCCAGCUAUAUCUGUGUGAACAUAGUUAGACAAGUGUGGGCAUCCAAGUAUAUUUCUUUCGGGCGAGUAAAGGAAGAUGUUUCAUUCCCCGCUAGAAUGAGUUUGAAUCGUGGAUUAAACUCAGUAACUGUAUCCUAAUGUUUAGAAAGGAUACUAUUCUUCAUUGCCAGUCAGCUCUAUUGUAGAAGCUCUUUGUUAAUCCAUUUCGAUGUUGAUUUAUGCUUCUUGGAAGCCCGGUUCUUAGCAUUCUUUAGCUCGAGGUGAUAGAUACGAGAUGAUGGGAUGUCGGAGAACUCUGAAGUUAUAAGUUGAAGUUGCAACUUAUA